CGUGCAGCCAUGCAAGAGCAUAUAACAUACAAAUGUAGAUUAAUUAUACUUUCACGUAUGGACAUAUGUACAUAUAUAAAAACAAGUACGUAUGUAAAUCGUUUGUAAUUGGCACACGCCUUCAUGUCGGUCGCCAAGAUUGAGUCAACUCAAUUUCUUUUAUUGUCGCUCUUUUAUUAUUUUGUUAUUGUGAUUUUCCUUUGGGCUACUGCGGACAACAAUGGCGCAAAUAAGAAUCGAAUGACGAAACGAAGGCGAACGCAAAAGUGCUGCCGAAAUAAAGAGGCUGUGUGUAGCCGUCCCUUAACUAUUAGUAUAAUUGUUACUUUGUUAGCCGCCGCCGGUCCAUAACGUGCUCGAUAAAAUUCUUCGCAUUCGCGACACGUUCUUAUCAUUGCAGAAAAGAAGAUAAACAUUAAACUAGAGGAAUUUGUGUUGGUUUUGCGCUCCUCAAAAAUGAAUAAUAAGAGAAUGAUUGCGCAAACCUAAUUGAGUUUUAAUGAUCUCGUAUUUUAAACAUUAUUGAUGACGAUUUGCAAAAACAUGAGCGCUACACUCUCAAUUAAUCAGAAGCAUUUGAGCGUCAAUGAGAAUCAUUUUGGCGGCGUUGUAGAGCGAAACCGUUCACGAUCGGAACGGGCCUCCAGCUUGGCACUGCCGCACAACUCCCUCUUGGACUUUUAUGAUAAAGAGCAGGAACAAUGCAGCUCGGUGGCAUUGUUGCCGACCACUGUCAAUGUGGUUGUGCGUCGGCACUCGUCGCACUACUAUCCAAUGCUAGAGGAGAAGCACACGUCGCCGUUGCAGCAGCAACAGCAACAACAGUCAUUAAAAACACAUACACAAAUGCAAAUGCAGACAAGACAAUUAAAUGCGAUGACCGCAAAUGGUGGCGCGCUCCCAACGCUGACCGUUGCCAUUCCCGAGUUGCCGCAAUACAAUUAUAAUCAUAAUAAAGCUGGUCAAUUGGCGAUGCAGGACAUGCAAUCGAUGUCAUCAUUGCCGCUUUCAAGCCUUGUGAAUGGCAAAGAGAAAAAAGUUUUCACAUACAAUACGGUGACCAACAGUGCCAAUGGUGCCACCAAAAACCAACCUAUGAACUUGCCCAACACAGCAGCCCACACAAGUAUUGUACCGGAUACACCACCUCCACCCGUCCCGAAGCGAACAUUUCGUGGCAAUUACGCUUGGAACGCAGCAAUUGAUUCGCCUACGCCCACGUCCGCAAGUCAAACACCAACCAAAGAUAAACAACACAUCAGUGCUGGCACCGCUUUUGUUUAUCCACCGCAAACCCAAACCCUUUCACCCGGCCAUCGGCUACAUCAGCAACAGAGUAAUACGGUUUAUUACAACACGGGCGUUGGUGGCGGAAACGUAGGCGUAGAACCGACACAAAUACAAAGUCAAUCCAUGCUUGUUGACCUGGCUACACGUCCACUAUACGUGGAUUCAGGCCUGGAUGCCGGCGGUAUUUCAGAUGAUGAUCGGAUGAGUUUGGAAAAUUCUGUAUUUGAUGAGUCGUUGACAUCGACACCUGUCAAGGUCACCAAGGGUGCGUCCGAAGGUACGGGAGGUGGAAAGUUACUAAAUGCUGCAUUCACAGCAAAGACAUUGGUAGCUUUUACUGGGGACUUGAGCAACGCUGCAAAACGUGCAAAUCGCUCGUCCAGCAGUACGGCUGACUCUACCAUCACCAUCUCUUCUGGCUACGGUUCAGGUCAUAGUGAACGUUUUGCCUCCUCUUCGACUAGUGCGGACUUCCGCAGCCGUUUCUCAUCUGUUGAUACACAAUCUUCAAUCGAUAGUUGUCCAACAGAGAAGACGAGCGAGUCCUCUAUAUCCAAAGAUUACUCUAAAAUGGAACGAACAUUGCUUAACGAUGCUAUAAACGAUUACAAUAACUUAAAUAAUAAUGAAACUCGCAGUCAUGUGGGUUGUAAUAUUUUGGUUGGCAAUAACAAUGUGCCCCCUAGUCGGCACUCUCCAAAUGCGAAUACCCAGAUGAACAAUGGAUUGGUGCAGCAAAAACCCCCUAUAGUUCCAACACGAAAACAGUAUCCAGAUGUAGCAAAGAUUCCGCCACCCUGCAGUAAAAAUAGUUCACAGCAGUCUCUACAUAGCAGCGGUUGUGGCAGCGGCAGUGGUAGCGUGGGCAGUAGUAACGCUGUCUCCACGGUGUCGGCUUCCACGUCCACCUCCUCUACGGUGUCUGCUGGUUCGGGUACUUCUACGGGUUCUCUGCUGUCAGGUUCGGCCACUACAUCGAAUAAUGCCAUUUCACCGCUUACACACAACGCAGCCAAUGUUUAUCAACAGUCAAAACGUCCAGUACCGCCGAUACCGCCAACGCGCGGUCAAAUUAGUUUCGAUCAUAACAUCAAUAAUGGCACGCAAAUUGAAGCCACACCGGCCGCAUCGAAACCACCGACAGCACUAAGCGUUCGGAACAAGCUUGGUAAAAAUAAACCUCCCCCUAUCGUUUACCCAAAACUACAUCAACGGCAGGACUCCAAUUUGUCCAGUGACAGUUUUUCCGUCACUUCCAGUCCUGGUUAUAACUCAAAAAAUCUUAUGGAUGUACCGUUACUUCAGAAUGCAUCACGCAUCAAUAAGAGCGGUGCGGGUGCGGGUGCGGGUGCGGGUAUGGGUAUGGGUAUGGGUAUGAGUGUUCGGAAUCCGGAUUUAGUGGAUGGUUUUAAUUUAAAUGGAUCACGAUUUGCUGCGCUAACAUCUAGUGGAAUUGGAAAUCCUGUGCUACCACCUCCACGUAACAAAUACAGCUGCCGUCAGGAUUCAAAUAUUUCCAGUGAUAGUUUCAGUCAAACUUCCAGUCCAAGUUACAAUACAAAGCAAAUGGAAGCUCCUUUAUUACCCUCGCUCUCUGUAAAAAGGUUGUGCGGCGUCCCGGCGCCAAUUGUUUACAAACAAAAACUGCAAAAUGAAACCAUCGAAGAGAUGGAACAAUCGGUUCCUAUGUCGCCACUUACCAAAUGCGUGUCCACUCCGGCUAGUCUACAAACAAUUGUACGAUUCCAAAAUGGAACCCCCAACACGAUGUCACUACAGCAUCAGAUUAUUCAUCGUCGCAAAAGCUCCAAUCCUUAUAUCACCAAUGGUCGACUGAAGUUUCGUCUCUGGCAAGUAUUAGUAAACGCAUUCGCUUUAUUGGUGAUUGCUGGUGGCUUGGCGGCAUAUUUCAAUGCCUAUCCAACCAUAAAAUUUGUCAAUAAAACGAUUAUAAACACAGUCCAUGUGGAGGAUACAUCGAUUUAUGGAAAGAACCCUGCACCCGGUACUUGUUUACCUAUCAUAGUGAAGUUUUGCCAAGGUCCACAAAUCCCCUACAACUACACCGUGUUCCCCAAUUACAUUGGGCAUUUCGGGCAACUGGAAACUCAAGUGGAUCUAGAUGCCUACGAUGCACUAGUGGAUGUGCGAUGCUACGAAUUAGUCUCACUGUUCCUCUGUACCCUAUUUGUACCGAAGUGCGGUUCGACCGGAGCAACUGUGCCACCUUGUAAAACCUUGUGCACCGAAACUAUGCGACGUUGUGGUUUCUUCUUUGAUGUGUUCGGCCUCAGUUUACCUGAAUAUUUGAAUUGUAAGCUCUUUAAAGAUUUCGAAAACCCCGAAGACUGUGUAGGACUCGACCAAGUGCGUGAGGUGAUGAUAGCAUCGACGAACCCCAAAUGCGAUGGUUUUCAGUGUGAUCAAAAUCGUUGCUUGCCCAAAGAUUACGUAUGCGAUGGUCAUUUGGAUUGUAACGACCAAACAGAUGAGGCCAAAUGCGAACGGUGCCAAAAGGAUGAGAUCUAUUGUGGCGAUGAUCGUUGCAUAGGUAUAAAUCACGUAUGUGACGGCGUUAUCGACUGUCCUUAUGGGCAAGAUGAACGAAAUUGCAUUCGUCUAAGCGAUCGUAAUGGCGAUUUAGGGAAAGGCAUGUUGGAAUUCUAUCGCAUAAGCACACAAAUGUGGACGCCAGCUUGUGUUAAAAACUGGGAUCGCGCAGUAUCCCCUUCAGCUGUAUGCUCUAUGUUGGGUUAUAGUGCCGUUAACGCCACGAGUGUGGUAACACUCAAAACACACCGAUCGCUUAUGGCAUCCAUAAAUGUAUCGACCGAUAUUUGGAAUAUGUAUGCGAAAAAACAUUCAAAUUUGAUGCAGGAAUUCUCAAGUUGUUCACCCGACGAGGAUUAUCCAGUUGCUGAAUUAACUUGUACUAAUUACGAGUGCGGAAAAGUUAAACGGGGACGCCACAAGCCAUCUCGCCGCAUCAUUGGAGGAUCACAGGCCAACCCAGGCACUUGGCCAUUUUUGGCCGCAAUUUUAGGAGGACCUGAAAAAAUAUUCUACUGCGCGGGAGUUCUAAUUUCCGAUCAAUGGGUACUCACAGCGUCGCAUUGCAUAGGAAAUCAUACCGUCAUUGACCUUGAAGAUUGGACCAUACAGCUUGGUGUAACGCGCCGAAACUCCUAUACAUACACGGGGCAAAAGGUUAAAGUCAAAACAGUUAUACCACAUCCGCAUUACAAUUCCGUAAUCACACAUGACAAUGACAUAGCACUAUUUCAACUGGCCACUAGAGUUGCAUUCCAUGAGCACUUAUUGCCUGUUUGUCUGCCGCCACCCGGAAUUAAACUGAAACCGGAUCAAAUGUGUACAGUGAUCGGUUGGGGAAAGCGGGACAAUAAAGAUCCAAAAUCCACAUAUGAACCAAUUGUGAAUGAAGUGCAAGUCCCGAUUAUUGGCCGUCAGCAAUGCGAUGUUUGGCUUGAUAAUCUGACAGUGUCCGAUGGAAUGAUAUGCGCCGGCUACGAGGAAGGAGGCAAGGAUGCGUGCCAGGGUGAUUCCGGAGGUCCUCUCUUGUGUCCCUAUCCAGGAGAAAAGGAUCGUUGGUUUGUGGGUGGCAUCGUAUCGUGGGGCAUAAUGUGUGCACAUCCGAAAUUGCCAGGCGUAUAUGCGAAUGUAAUCAAGUAUGUACCAUGGAUACAGGAGCAAAUGGCUAAAUAUUCAAAACCUGAAAAUGAAGAGAGGUUGUCCAAAUAUGAUGCACAUCCAGGCGGACCAGAUAUUCUCUCGAACAUAGCAACUGGACCCGUACGCAACAAAAAACCAUAUCACAAUCAGAAUCGCAGUCCAAUGGACAUUGAUUACUACGACAAUUAUAAGAAGACCUAGAUUAAACAUUCACAUUAAAAGUAAAAAACUUAAAGAAACCAGCACAAGAAAGCCAUUAUAUUGUAAGUGAGGUGUUCAAUAAACCAUAGAGAGAGAGAAGGCAGUCGAAAUGUACGAAAAUAAGUACAUUGAAUUUUGAUAGACAAUAAUACACAUAUACAUAGAUACUAUAUGUAAAUUAGGUAUAGAGAAACAUUUCUACAAAGUGUUAGACAAUACAGUUUAGUUGCGACUCGUUUGUAUUUAACAAACAACAAAUAUAUUCAUAUCCUUGUGGCAUAUUGCCAUUUGAAAAAUGGAAUAUGUUUACAUAAAAAAAUUAAAUUUAGGCAAAGAGUGUAUAACAGCUAUGCUUAUACAAGUACUACAAGGUUUUUGUAAUACAUUAGUAUUAGAGGGCACACUUUUGAUGGGAUAACCAUGCACACACAUAUUAUAACCGAAGAAGUCAAUUUCCGAAUUUAAAUGUCAAUUGGAUACAAAGUUCACAGCGUUUCCUUGAAGGGAACCAUAGAAAAUGUGACAAAAUCCGUGAGUGUCAACCAAAUACCAGCACAUACAUACCUACACACAAACAUGCUAUAUGCAACAAAAUACAGAAAGUAUUUUAUAUUUGUACAUCAUGUGUACAUAGUUUUAUAUCAUAUUUUUAACAAUUAGCUAUUUAUUCUUGACAUAACUUUGAGGUUUUGUACUCGUAGUAAAGUAACGGGCAAAGUGCGUACUUCCUCUGCGACAGCAAAGUUGCAAUUGACGAUUAUGAUUUAUUUUCAAAUAUACAUAUACAUAUGUAUAUACACAUAUCUACUUCUGUUAUCAAUGCUAACAUUUGACAUGUAUGGUUGUAUGUAUGUGCCAGUGCGGCGACUCAAAACGGAAGUAAAUCAUAAAAAUUAUUCUAAUUAAAAUAUAUCCACUCAACUCAAGUAUACACUCACACCCACAUACAUAUAUCUACAUAUAUGUAUUAAAUAUUUAUACACACACAUUUAUAUGUUACAUACAUACAUAUAUGUAAAACAUGAAAUUGUUACACGUCUAUUAAUUAGCAAAUGUACACAGAGAGCUCAUUUGCAUAAAUACCUACACAUAUGCAUAUGUACAUACAAAUAUGGUUAUGAUAAAAAACAAAAAAAAAAAACAAUAUUUUUUAUAAGCAAACGGAAAUAUAUAGUUAAUUUUUAUAUGUGUACACGUAUAAAAUGUGCAGUAAAGCUAUUAUCCUUGCAAAAGUAAACCACACAAAUUAUGAAAGAAAAUACAUACAAACACAUAAAGAAAAUUAGUAAAUUUAAGACGCAGCAAGUGCAUAGAUACAAAUAUUAUACGUAUGUAGUAGUGCGGUAUGUAGUCAAUGACUGUAAUAUUGUUGUGUGAGCAAAUGUUCCAAAAUAAAUAACUACAAUAAUGAAAUAAGCUAAAGAGUGGAAAAGUUACAUAUACCACAUGCAUUCAUACUCUACGCACAUCCACACAAUCAUAUGUAUGUAUACCUAUAACGAACAUACAUACUUACGCGUUGUGUUAUCUGAAUGAAUAUGCCUAUUAAAUGUGUGAACUAUGUAUGUUAAUAAAAAUUGAGACAAUAAAAUAAAGUUCAAAACCGAACGGGGUGAAAUGGAAUGCAGCAAAUAAAGACAAUGUACCGAAGACAAUAAAUUUGUAAUUUGUAGAAUGUGUUGUAUUAUAUAAUAAGGUAUAGUGAUGAUUUUAAAUAGAUUUAUACAUUAACAAAUAAUUUACGUGCAGACGCACAUGCAUGGCUGAGGUCUAAAAAAAUUUAAAAUUUAAAAUUAAUUAUUUUUAAUUUUGAAAUGCGAGAAACAAUUGAAAAUUGAUUUUUGCGAAACAACAGCACUGUAAAGAACUAAAUUUUUAAGCGAAUAUCUAACUAAUGCUGAGAGAACAAUUUAGAUUAUUUGAAUUACGAAUCGCUUUUUAAUUUUUUUCCCUCGAAAAUAUUUACAAAUUAUUUUAGUUUAAAAUAAACAUAUGGUUUUAAAUACCUAUUAUUUUCAAUUAAAAGACAAUAAAACAAGCAGAAACUUAUUGGGACACACAAAUAUUAGUGCGGCGUGUUGUUGUAAGCUUCUAUUUAGUAAAAUAAUGAAAUAAAACGAGAAACUAAAAGAAAUAUAUGCAUG